AUGGCACAAAAAAUUCCUAACUUGAAAUUGAAGAAUGUGAUUUCUCAUAAUGAUAAUUAUAGUGAUGAUGAAAACAAAAAUAAAAUUAGUGGAAAAUUAGAGUUGUACCUUCCGUUAGAGAAGUUGUACCUUGGUCCAAAAAAGAAACUCCUUGUGCUUAAUCUUGGUGGUUUGUUGGUUCAUAGGGUUCACAAAAGAGAUUGGUUUAGUGUUCGAACCUAUAAACCAGACUUGGUUUGCGGGAAUUUUAAAGUUUUCAAAAGGCCUUUCUGUGAACAAUUCUUGAAGUUUUGCCUUGAAAGAUUUGAAGUUGGGAUAUGGUCUUCUGCCAUGGAGUUAGAUCAAGAAAAAUGUAUUGAUAGUGGAUUCAAAUGCUUGGAGAAAAAAGAAAAGCCCAUUUUCUUGAAGCAAAUGAAAAAAAUAUGGGAAAAUAAAUAUAAUAUUCUUCCUUUUCGUGGUGGAAAAUUUUCAGAAUCAAACACAAUUAUGAUUGAUGAUGAACCCCAUACUGCUCUAAUAAAUCCUCCUAAUACUGCGAUUUUCCCUCCUGUUUUCAAAGUUGGAAAUGGCAGAGACACAUUUCUUGGUCCCGAGGGCGAUUUCCAGAAGUUUCUAGAUGGUCUUGUUGAUGCAAAUGAUGUUCCAACGUACGUUAAAGAACAUUCCUUAAUUGGACAACCUGCAAUAACUUCUUCGCAUCGUGAUUGGAAUUACUAUGCUAAGAUUAUUGUACGUUUCGCUGGUAUAAAAAAAGAAGUUUCUUAA